UGUUUUUGCAAAUGGUUUUUCAGCCCCAGGAUGGACUCCGCCAUUGGCGCGGCCAAGUGGGUGCUGGGCAAGGCGCUGGCCCCCGUCACGGAUGGCUUGCUGGAGUCUUGGGCGGCUAGUGCCCAGCUUGACCGCAACAUCAACGCCCUCAAGAUGGAGCUGCUGUAUGCGCACGGGAUGCUCGAGAACGCGCAGGGCAGGGGAAUCCAUGGCGUCGCGCUCAAGGAGCUCCUGCGCCAGCUGGAGCAGCUGGCGUACGGGGCUGAUGAUGUGCUGGAUGAGCUGGAGUACUUCCGCAUCCAGGACGCCCUUAAAGGGACCUUCCAUGCCGCCAACGUCAACGCCGUAGGUUCCGUCCAAGGCCUCCGCAUCAAUGUUGAGCACACGGCGAGACAUGUCGCCAGCAAACUCAAGUGCCUCCCGUGCUUCGGUGCUGUUAGCCGUGGUGGUGACCAAGAAAAUGAUGGCUCUCGCCUACACCUGUGUGUCAGGCGGGGCAUCAGCUCCUCGCCACCGACGCCCGCCAGCAAGGGGGUUGUCAAGAAGGUUGAUGGCAGAUGCAUGCCCAAGGUCAUCUCAAGUGCUCGCAACACUGCCCACACUUUCGGUAAACACUUUCCUUGCUACUCUCCCAUAUCUGUCCACGGUGAUGAUGCUCUAGAAACACCAGAAGUGAUGUUUGAUAGGGUACAAAUGUCUACAACAAUGAUGGACAUGGUAGUGCAGCUGAAGGAAGUAUGUGCUAAGGUCUCCAUAAUUCUUAAUCUAGAUUUGUUCGGCUCCAGCCGCAGCCAUACCCAAGAAAUUGCUAUAAACAGAUCCAAAACCACAUCAGAGAUUACAGAACCUAAGUUAUAUGGGAGGGAUGACCAGAAAAAGAAAAUUAUAGAGGGCAUUGUUAGUGGCGACUACUGUCCCGAUCAACUUAACGUUCUUCCAUUUUUUGGACCGGGGGGUAUUGGAAAAACAACUUUUACACAACACAUAUGCCAAGAAGUGAAUAGCCAUUUCCAAGCUUCAAUUUGGAUAUGUGUCUCUCUUGACUUCAGUGCAGAUAGAUUGGCACAAGAGAUAGUCAACAAAAUCGGUGGUGAGGAGGGGAAGACUAGUGCUGAAGAACUUAUCCCACAAAGAUUAAAAGCUAAGAGAUUCUUACUUGUGUUGGAUGAUGUGUGGACAUAUCGAGAGGAUGAGUGGGAUAAACUAAUAGCAAUUUUAAGGAAGGUAGAGUCCAAGGGUAAUUUGAUUAUAGUCACAACUCGAAUACCAAAGGUAGCACAGAUGGUUAGGACAACCAAUUGUGAACUAAAAUUGGAAAGACUAGAUGAUGCAAGUACCAUGCGUUUCUUCAAAGCAUGUGUAUUUGGUAACAAGCAACAACCAUGGAAAGAACAUCCUGAAUUAUCUGAAACUGGUCACGAAGUAGUGCGCCAUUUGAAAGGUUCCCCCCUUGCAACUAAAACCGUGGGUAGAUUACUUAGAAACCAACUUACUUUGGAGCAUUGGAGAAAAGUUCUACAAAGCAAAGAAUGGGAACUACAAACCGGUGAGAAUGACAUCAUGCCAGCCCUCAAACUUAGCUAUGAUUAUCUUCCUUUCCAUCUAAAACAAUUGUUUGUAUAUUGUGCUUUGUUUCCUGAAGAUUAUGAAUUUGAUAGCAAGGAGUUAGUUCAACUGUGGAUAGGACUAGGUAUUUUGUAUCCUUGUGAUCAGAAUAGAAGGAUUGAAGAUGUUGGACUAGACCAUCUGCGUGAGUUGGUCAAUUAUGGAUUUUUCAAGAAAGACAAAAAAAAAAAAGAUGGUCGUUAUUUUUAUGUUAUCCAUGAUCUAUUUCAUGAAUUGGCCACCAAGGUUUCGUCAUAUGAAUGUGUUAGUAUAUGUAGUUCUAAUGUCAGGUCCGUACACAUCUCCCCAUCUGUACGUCAUUUAUCCAUAAUUGUAAAUUUUAAAGAUGUCAAUGAUAGGAUGACUUUAGACGAGUAUAAGAAGGAUUUGAAAGCAUUAAGUAAAAGAUUAAAAGUUGAAAACCUACGUACUCUGAUGCUGUUUGGACGAUACCAUGGAAGCUUCGCCAAGACCUUUGGUGAUCUGUUUAGAAAAGCUAAAUCCCUUCGCACUAUUUUUCUGUCUGGAGCAUCAUACCCUACGGAGAAUAUUCUACAUAACUUUUCAGAAACUAUCCAUCUUCGUUACCUAAGGAUCGAGCCAAGAGAUUGGAGAUGCAACAUCGAAUUACCAAGUACGUUGUUCAGAUUUUAUCAUUUAGAGAUAAUAAAUAUAGAAAAAUGGAAUGGUCCUGUUUCAAUAAGACAAAUCACUAGCCUUGUAAAGUUGCGCCAUUUUCUUGUGCCAGAAAAUAUGCCUCAAGUUCAUUCUGACAUAUCUGAGGUGGGAAAACUUAAAUUGCUCUCACAAUUAAGAAGAUUUGAAGUUGGAAAAGAAAUUAAUGGUUUCGAACUAAGUCAGCUAGAGCAAUUAACAGAGCUUGGAGGGUCACUUAGCAUUUAUAACCUUGAAAAGGUGAAAGAAAAAGGGGCACAGGGAAAGGAAAUAAGACCAAUACACAGAAACUACUUAAGUGAACUAACAUUAGAAUGGGGUGUGAACCGAUCUAACAAGUUUCCCACAAGAGAAGAAAAUGUUCUUGAGAACCUUAUACCACAUAGUGAGCUUCGAGAUCUGUGCAUUAGAGGGCACGGAGGCACUAGUUGCCCAACAUGGCUAGGUGAGAACAUCUUUGUCAAAAAUUUGGAAUCCCUCCACUUGGAUGAUGUGUCUUGGAAAACUUUUCCACCAUUAGGAGAGUUCUGGUCGGUUGAUAAGCCCCGUGAUGAGUGCAAAAGUUGCAGCAUCUCAAGCCCAAGCUUUCAAAACAAUAUUCAUGAAAAAAAAGGCUUUAAUAACUUGAAAAGGCUAGUGUUUGUUAAUAUACCAAAACUGACAAAGUGGGCUGGAAAUCAAACUUGUGGGCUCUUCUCCCGCCUGGAAGUACUCAUUAUUGAAGACUGCCCUGAACUUAUAGAGUUGCCGUUUUCAUGUUCUGCUUGCUCUCAACCAGAGCAAGAAGGUGGGAACAUGACUUGCUUCCCUAAACUACGGGAGCUCAAGAUUGUAAGAUGCCCAAACCUGAGGACAAUGCCUCCUAUCCCUUGGACCCAUGAUCCAUGCUCCAUUGAGAUAGCACAAACAGGCACAAAAUUUGUGAACCUCACUUACGCGGAAAGAAAAUAUGGAAAACCAGGAUUAUGUUUGGAAAUUUGGGCUGCGGAUGGUACAGAUAGCUUGUUUUGGAGUGAGUUUGAUUUCUUUAAUUUGAGUCAUCUAAAAGAGUUGACUAUAACCAAUUGCCCUCCUUUGCCGUUGGAUAAAAUCCAAAUGCUAACAUCUCUGCAGCACCUCAAUAUAAGGGGUUGUUCAAGUAUUGUCAUGUCGCCAAUCAGAGGCGAGAGCCAUGUCCUGUACCAGGUUCCAGUUGAAGAACUCAGCAUUUCUCAAAGUGGUGCUAGCGGGAAAGAACUGACUCAACUGCUCUGUCAUUUCCCGAAGCUCACCGGCCUGCAUAUAGUUUUUUGCGAAAAGAUAACAGAACUUGGUGUGUCGGAGCAGCAGAGUGGAGCACAGCAGCAACAGACCGCAGAAGGAGGACUGCUGCUCUUGCCUACCCAACUACAGAAGUUGAUCCUCCAACAUUGCCGUCAGCUGAGAAUACUCCCCAAUUCAGGGGGCGACAACAACGAGGCAGCAGGAGGUCUCCAGCGUCUACACUCCCUCCGUGAAGUGAGCUCAGAGAAUUGCCCCAAUUUGCUUUCCUCCUAUUCAGGCUCCUCCUCUUGUUUCCCUUUCCCGGCAUUCCUUCAAAAACUCAAACUGUCCAACCUGGAAGAACUCCAUCUGGCCCUCACAAACCUGGCCAACCUGGAUGAACUCCAUCUUAGCGACAUGAAGGACCUCACAAACCUAAGCAUCCGGAGUUCCCCAAAACUACAUACCCUGAACAUACAAAACUCCUCCGGAGUUCUUUCGGUGUCCAUCUGCAACCUCCUCUCUACAUCCCUCACCACAUUGGUCAUUGAGGGCAGCAGAGAGGUGGAGCCCAUCCCAGGAGAGGCCCUCCUGCUUCUCACCUCCCUCCAAGUUCUCGAAUUUCUUUCCUGCGACAAAUUGCAAUCCCUCCCUGCAGGUCUACAUACACUCUCCUACAUUAACUACUUAUGUAUCUAUGGAUGCCCAUCCCUCCAGUCGCUGCCCAAGGAAGGCCUCCCGAGAUCUUUGCAAAGAUUAAGAAUCCUCGGAUGUUCCAUGAAAUCACUGCCCAAGGACAGCCUCCCGAGUACUCUGAAGCAAUUACUGAUCUCCAGCUGUUCUGAGCUCGAAUUACUUCCCACUUUUUCCGAUGGCGCUUCUCUGCAGAAAUUAGAGAUCUGGAAUUGUCCUGCCAUCAAAUCGGUGCCCAAGGAUGCCCUCCCGAGUUCUCUGCAGGAAUUAGUGAUCAGGAUGUGUCCUGGCAUCAAAUCCUUUCCCGAGGACAGGCUCCAAAAAUUCCUGCGAGUACUAGAUGUUAGUGAUGACAAUAGUGAGGAGCUUAAAAGGCAGUGCCGCAGGUUAACAGGGACAAUUCCAAUAAUCAGAGCCUGACGAAUCCUUCCAAGGGCUCUCUUUUUUUCUUCUUGAUUGCUACAUCAUCAGUCUCGUCGAAUUCUCUUUGUAUACAAAAGUGUAGUCAGUUUUCAGGCUCUCAUCAGUUUUUGCCAGUGCAAGCACCAAGACUUCAGUCUGUACCAGCCAUCAUGUACACACGAUUUUGUCCUCUUUUGCGGUGUAGCAAGUUUAAGGGACAAUUCCAGUAAAUCAAACACUGGCGGAGAUAUGUGUAACUCAGCAAGGGCUGCGACGGGUUGACAAAUUUUACACCCACCCACCCCCCACACAAUCAACCUUCUGUACCUCCGCCAAUGAAGUGAAAUCUGACCAAUCCAGAGAGCUCUAUCUAGGAGUUGUACAGUUUUGAGCCCUUCAAGGGAUCACUCUGUCCAUCCAUGCACACUUCUCACAUGAGGGUCUUGUGGCAUCCUCUGCCUGUACAUAAAUCUGGACUCUAUCCUGGAAUUAUACAUUUUUGUAUACUUGUAGUAUUCAGUCCAACACUUAUAGGAUUCCUACAAGUGUUAUGAUCUGAUGUAGGAUCUCUACAAGUUUCGCUACAAGGAAAUGGAUCAUAAUUACUACAGCAACACGAAGUCUCACAAAUUCAUCAUGUGACAUUUUGAAGUUCUGCUCAAUCUCAUAAAAAAAUUCUGAAGUUUUCUCACUAUAGGAAAGGUUCUGGGAACCACCAGCAAUGGUUUAUAUGCUGCAAAGCUAUUUACGUGCAAACUAUCCUCACUUAUUAAUGGGUGAUGCAUUAUCAAUCUCGGUAAAAGGUUGGUCCUGUGGGUUCAGGCAGACCUGGUUCUCCUGGUAAGCAAGUUGUCAUGACAUAGUUGAGUUCAGUCCAGCUGAAGAGAUGCUAUCCUGGAGGAUCUCAAGCUGCAUCUUCCAUUCUGUCCAUAAUCUGGGCUCUCUAUAUAGGAGUUGUACAUUUUUCUACCCUUUUAAGACUCGGUCCAUCCAUGCAUGAUGCAUAGUUCUCACAUGACGGUCUUGUGUUAUCUUCUUCAGGCACAUAAAUCUGGUGUUCUUAUCUUCGCUUUGCUAGGCUUCAAAUACAUGCAUUUAAAGCUUCAUGGUCACUCAUAAAGACAUGGUGGUGUAUUUGCUAGUUCAGGACUAAAUGUUCUAUCGUAGAUGAUUUUCGAGUUCCCUACGCUUCCACAACCUUUUCAUAUAGUUUACAUUUUUCAGGUUUGCAUUUCAUCGUGACAAGAUGUUCUCCAAGCCGAUCAUCCCUUUAUCUUAUAUUGCUAGCCUCAUCGGUACUUGGCAUUGCAUUUCCUACAUUGGGAUCUAGCAAUACUCCGCCGGCACAUCGAUCCCAACCCCUUGUGGAAUUUCUCACUAAAAAAAGAGUGAGUUGUGAGAGGUAAGAAACCAAGGUUGAUAAAAAAGUUGAAUCAACCGUGAGAGAGAAAAAGGCAAGAAAAAUAGGAAAAAAAAGAGAAAUACCCAUUAAGCCACUUCAGUCUUCCAGCGAGUCCACCAUAUCUACCUAUCAUAGCAUCUUCUCAUUUGCUAUUCCAAGUAGUGGAUUCUUUUGCCAUGCACAUUUAUAUUUUGCCUUGCACAUCUUUAAAGGAGGCAUAUUAGUGAUCAUGUUUAGCGUUCGUUGAAAUCCUCCAACCAUUUUAUGCCUCGCUUUUAUUUCAUAUAUUAGAGCUUUUGUCGGCACCUCUUAAUCUUGUGUAGGGAAGAGAAGAGGAAAGAAAAAACAAAAGAAAGAAAAAGGGAAAAGGAAAGAAAAAAGAAAAAAGAAAAAAGGAAAAAUAAAAAAGAGAUAAAAGGAAAGAAGUAAAGUAGAAUAAGAUAGAUGCCAUGUUUUCUCUCUAUCAAGCUCUUAGUCUUAAUUUAGCGAGAUGAGUCUUAUUGCUUAGGCUUAUACCUUGUUACUUUCCUUACCACCCAUUUAUUCAUCAUGUAGAGCAUAGCACUCAUGGUACAAAUCACUUGACAUCCAUUGUGCAUACCUUGGCAAAUCCCUACUUCCCAUGCAACAUCGAAACCGAGGACUCACAUGCCUUGGGGUCACUCUGCGUUACAUGGGCCUAUCUUUUCCUUGUCGAGUCACUCCCAUCCUUUCACAUCAUUUUCUAAUGAUCGGAAACACGAGGCUUCUUGGUUCAUGAUGAAUGCUUACUUGACUAUGUGAUCUGUGCUUCCCAAUACAUGAAUUGGUUUGUACUACUGAAAGACUUUGUAUCAUGAAGCAUCCCUUUAGUAUAUGGUACUAGAGCUACAGUGUUGAAGAGACACUCAGAGUCAACUUCCUCAAGGUUAAUCAAAUGUUUAUUAAAGUUUAUCUUGGUUACUGCUCCAUCUCUUAUUUAAGUUUUCCCUAAUAAUAUGCAGAAGCUAGUGUAGGCAUAUGGCCUGACUAAAUUACUGACUAGGUGUUUGUGAAAAUGCAGAUCCACGACAAUGAUCACUUAUAUUAAGAUCAUUUCCCCCUGCCACACGAGCUAUGAGGAGGUCAAGAUGUCGUGGGCGGUGGUGCCGCUGGACGACGAAAACCUACUCCCCCGCACCUCCCUCGCCCACAAGCGCUGGUGUCGCAUCGUAUCCGACACCCUCUUUUUCCGCCGCUUUCGCACACACCACCGCUGCAGACCUCCGUUCAGUUGCUUGAUCAGUGACCUGUGAGGCUUCUCCUACACAUCUACCAUGGAGGCUCCAGAUCAUGUCCCCGCUGGGCACGGCUCCUGGCUCUUGGAUCCACGACACUGAUCACUUGAUUGGUUCCGGUGGACAACCAAAAGGUUCCCUGGAAUUGCCGAGGAGAUUCACCCAAUGAACCGCUUUCAGCAGAACCGUUGAAGUUUUACUCUGGUGUAACGACACGCCUCGAAUCGCUCACUAGUAGCCUGAGUUGCAAUUUCGUGGAGUGUCUGAAGCUUGAAGUUUUCCUCGUGUUUAUGCAAUUAUUAUGAUCUGGAAAACAAAUUCCUUGCGGUAUCUGGUUUAGUUUAGUUUUAUGUCACAAGUUCUGCUUCUAUAGCAAAGAUUGACAAAUUAUUUGUAAAACAAUUGAACUAAAUUCUAU